CUGCUUAAAACUUUAUUAUAUUUAAAAUUCGCGCUAUAUACAAACCAUAGAGAAGAAACUACUUGAUUCAAUUCACGUUCACGGCUCACGUUUGCGAUAGAUGAUGAAAUGAAAUGAAAAAGCAAAUGGCUACUGCAAUCCGACGUACUAAAAUUCCUAAUAAAAAGAAUCCGAUGUAAUUCGAUGAUAAAUGCACUCUUUAUGAUCAUGAUUAGCAAAAUAAGGCUCUAAAGCUACUAAAAAACUAAGAUAUAAUAAUAUUCCAGGCUUAAAACUUGCCUAAACUAGGAAAAAUACAAAGAUAUUAAAUCCUAUCAAGUACUAUUUAGGAAUUUCGCUAAUAUAUUGUUUUGUGUGUGAAGCUGAUUCACGUCCGUUUAUGUUUAGUUGAUGUAAUGUGAAGUUGUUGCCCGGGCGGAGCGCCGCCCCACGGCCAUGGAGCGGUACGAGAAGAGGCACAGCAAACACCACAAGGAGAAGCACAAAAAGCGAUUGCACAAAAAGCACAGGAGCUCUAGCGGUACCCAUGACCAAUCUUAUGCAACAGCUAACUCUCACAAGCCGCUGGUGGAGUACUCGGAUGUCAGCUCCGAGGCUCUGUCGGCCCCGGAGGCCGGCGAGAUCGAGAGCGAGGCGAGCUCCAUCAGCCGGCACAUCGCCGACGACCUCGACCGGACGAGGAAGUCCCACUCGAUACGCACAUUUGUCGACGACAAGACGAUAUCGGUCACGACGACGAGCCGACGCAUUGUAGACGAGUACGCUCUUACCCGUGAUUCUUCUUCGGCAGCAUCUAAGAAGAGGCGCAGCUUAGACUUUGUGGAAACGGAGUUGGAGCUAGAAGAUCAACGGUUUAAGAAGAAGAAGGAUAAGCGGAAGAAGGACAAAAGAAAGAAAAAGAAGAAAAGCAAGCACCGGUCGAGAUCCGCUAGCUUAGAAAGUGUAUCUCCGGAUGAUAACUUGCCUACGGCUACGCCUGGGAGGCCACCAAGUCCUCAGAGAUAUGCUCAAGUGCCUGUGAGCGAAUGGGAAAAGGCCUCAUCUCCGUUGCAAAAUGGUUCUUGCUCACCGGUAUCUCCAUCAACACCGCCGCCACUUGUCAGAGAAGUUCGUCGAGAUCCAUCGCCGAGGCUGCGCCCUCCGAUCAUUGCAGAGCCCUUGCAUCCAUUGCCUUACUCUCCCAGAGAGAGAUCUCCACUAAUGAGCCAUAUUGAUACAAGGAGAAGACAGAAAUCAACUACACCUCAUACGCCGGUUGCGCCCCCGUACCACGAGACCGUGACGAUAGACUCGGGAGACGAACAGGAGUAUGAACACAGACGGGAUUAUUGGCCUGAACACAGGCCCCAGUCACCCAUCAUGAUAAUUUCUGACUCCCCUGAAAGGGCGAUAUCACGAGGCCGCGGAGACUACAGCCCGCGGCGGCAUCGGCGCCGCUCGCGGGGCUCGCCGCGUCGCCGGCACCGCAGCCGGGAUAGAGACCGCCACCGGGACAUCAGAGGCUCCGGCAGACGGUCCCCGUCACGCACAUCGCUAAAACGCCGACGUUCGUUAUCGCGCGGCCGGCGGCGCGGUUCAUCACCGUCUCCACCGAGACACCGAGUCCGGCAUCGCGAGCCUUCGCGGGAUCGACACAGGCCCAAGCAUGACUCCCCGAGUCCACCGUCAGUCCUGCAGCGCAGGAUAGACUUCAAAGAGAAGAUCAGUGAUACGAGCUUGUUCGCUGAACUCGUUAAGGACAAACAUAAGAGGGCUAAGAAACUACAAGAGAUCCUAGACCAAAAGGAGGAGGAGUCGCAGGGUGCGAUAUCCACGAGCACCUCCAUCAACAACCCGGAGGUGCUCACCAUCGACGAGCUCUCCAACGCCACCUCGGACAGCGCCUCGCAACUCAAGGAGAACGGAGACGCCCCGGUCCCGGUCCCGGUCCCGGCGCCGACGAGCGAGAAGGAAGUAGCCGCCAUCCCGCUCCCGCCGCCGCCCAUGCUGCCGCCGCCAGAGUUCGGCGCCCUGGCCGCUGUCGACAACACUGAGGACACUGUCAAGAGCAACGGAGAAGAGGUGAAACAGCCUACCCCGCCGGCCCCGACCGCAGUGGCGACCCCGACGCCGGCCCUCCCUCCCCUCCCCAAAGUGGGGGGUAGCGUGGUAGACGGCGUCUACUUCAACAGCCAGCAGCCGCCGCCGCCCAAGCCCAAGAGUCUCGUCAAGCUGCCCAUGCCGCCCAACACUCAGGUCGACGACCUAAAAACGCUCGCGAACGAAAGUCCGCUCAGCACGCCGUCGCCCAGCCCCGUCAAGAAACCCGAAAAACCUAAGAAGACUGGAAUCAUGAACUUGCCAAUGCCACCUGUGAUCCCGGGGUCGGAGGAGCUGAGCGGCGACGAGCUGGACGGCAGCACGCCGCCGCCGGCCGCCAGCGACCACUACUCGCACGUGUUCAACUCCAGGAAGGGCAAGGAGAACGUACGUAUAGUUGUGUUGCCAGUGAUCCCGGGGUCGGAGGAGCUGAGCGGCGACGAGCUGGACGGCAGCACGCCGCCGCCGGCCGCCAGCGACCACUACUCGCACGUGUUCAACUCCAGGAAGGGCAAGGAGAACGUACGUAUAGUUGUGUUGCCAGUGAUCCCGGGGUCGGAGGAGCUGAGCGGCGACGAGCUGGACGGCAGCACGCCGCCGCCGGCCGCCAGCGACCACUACUCGCACGUGUUCAACUCCAGGAAGGGCAAGGAGAACGUACGUAUAGUUGUGUUGCCAGUGAUCCCGGGGUCGGAGGAGCUGAGCGGCGACGAGCUGGACGGCAGCACGCCGCCGCCGGCCGCCAGCGACCACUACUCGCACGUGUUCAACUCCAGGAAGGGCAAGGAGAACGUACGUAUAGUUGUGUUGCCAGUGAUCCCGGGGUCGGAGGAGCUGAGCGGCGACGAGCUGGACGGCAGCACGCCGCCGCCGGCCGCCAGCGACCACUACUCGCACGUGUUCAACUCCAGGAAGGGCAAGGAGAACGUACGUAUAGUUGUGUUGCCAGUGAUCCCGGGGUCGGAGGAGCUGAGCGGCGACGAGCUGGACGGCAGCACGCCGCCGCCGGCCGCCAGCGACCACUACUCGCACGUGUUCAACUCCAGGAAGGGCAAGGAGAACGUACGUAUAGUUGUGUUGCCAGUGAUCCCGGGGUCGGAGGAGCUGAGCGGCGACGAGCUGGACGGCAGCACGCCGCCGCCGGCCGCCAGCGACCACUACUCGCACGUGUUCAACUCCAGGAAGGGCAAGGAGAACUCGCUGUCGAAACUAAAAAGGCCUCGGAUCUUGAAACGGCGCGGGUCCAAGGUGGUGCCCGUGGCCACGCCCACGCACCACGCCAAGGACUGGGGCGAGAAGUGCGUCGACGGCUUCCAGGUGAUAACCCAAAUCGGCGAAGGCACCUACGGGCAAGUGUACAAAGCGCGCGACAAGAACACCAACCAGCUGGUCGCGCUCAAGAAGGUCCGCCUCGAGAAUGAGAAGGAAGGUUUCCCCAUCACGGCCGUGCGAGAAAUCAAGAUUCUACGCCAGCUGAACCAUAAGAACAUCGUCAAUCUGAGGGAGAUUGUCACGGAUAAACAGGAUGCCUUGGACUUUAGGAAGGACAAAGGCUCAUUCUACCUAGUAUUCGAAUACAUGGACCACGACUUGAUGGGUCUACUGGAGUCCAAAAUGGUGGACUUCACAGAGUCGCACAACGCGAGCAUCAUGCGCCAGCUGCUCGACGGGCUCGCGUACUGCCACAGGAAGAAUUUCCUGCAUAGGGAUAUCAAGUGUAGCAAUAUACUUAUGAACAAUAAGGGCGAAGUGAAGCUCGGCGACUUCGGUCUGGCGCGGCUGUGGUCGGCCGAGGACCGCGCUCGGCCGUACACCAACAAGGUGAUCACGCUGUGGUACCGCCCGCCCGAGCUGCUGCUGGGCGAGGAGCGCUACGGACCCGCCGUCGACGUGUGGUCCAUGGGCUGCAUCCUGGGCGAGCUGUUCCUCAAGCACCCCGUCUUCCAGGCGAACGUGGAAAUGAUGCAGCUAGAGAUGAUCUCCCGCGUGUGCGGCACGCCCGUCCCCGGCGUGUGGCCCAACGUCGUCAACCUGCCGCUCUGGCACACGCUGCGGCCCAAGCGCUUCCACAAGCGCUGCGUGCGCGACCACUUCGCCUUCAUGCCCGCACACGCCCUGUCUCUGCUAGAUAGAAUGUUGGAGUUAGAUCCGGAUAAGCGGGUGACGGCGGAAGACGCCCUCAAGAGUCCUUGGCUGAAGAAUGUGGUUCCAGACCAGAUGCCGGGACCCUCCCUCCCGACAUGGCAGGACUGCCACGAGCUGUGGUCCAAGCAGCGGCGGCGGCAGCAGCGCGAGCACGAGCAGAAGCCCAAGCCCUACGGCGAGGAGGCCAAGGAGGCCUUCAAGCAGGACUCCUCCAACCAGUCCGACGCCUCCUUCAAGAGCGAGCCCUACAAGGAGCUCCCCGCGCCGCCGCCGCAGGCGCAGCCCGACACCGCGCCGCCCGUCAAAUAGUACACGGAGUACUACUACGGACAUUAUGGAUAGGGUAAUGGUGCUGUGUUACAGAUCUUGACCGAGCAUGAUAUAUGUACAUCUGUUUUGAGCUGUUGAUAAAUUAUAAAUAUGUAUGUCUGGUAUCAUUUUUCGGUGAGAAAUUGAAAUAGAAAAAUUUAGUUCUUGUGGACUCUUAACCGCCAACUAAAGUAUGCAUUUUAUUGAGCGCAAUUGCAUUAGGACCCUUACGGGUUUGAAAUAAUUAAGGAUGUUGUCAUGCCCGGUUGAGGAUUUAAUUUGUGAUGGUGUCUAGUGGUUCUGAAUUGUGGAUUUUGAAGGUUCGGUCUGUAGUGGUUCAUGCAUUUGUGUUCAUACGGUAGAACCGUUUGUGCCUGUCGGCAUCUACAUGACUCUAGUUAAAUCGGUCCCAAUGUAUAUUCAAAAUUAUAAUCGAGAACCAAAAUUCUGUAAUAAAAUUUAACCAAAGUAUAAGUUCUGGAGAGAGCUAUGUAUAAAAGUCGCAAAUUGUGCAUAAAUAUGUAAAUACUGUCUCGGAGUAUAUGAUUUUCAAAGUAGGAACAUUUUUGUUCUUGUUUUUACCCUUAACUUAUAGUACGCGAAAUUUACAUGUAUAAAUCGAUGAAUAUAUCAGUUAAAAGACGUAUUAAUAUAAUUCUGUGAUUGUUUUAAUGACCGAUAUCGGAAUUGACCUAUUUACGCCACGAGUCUGGGUAUCGUGUAAUCCUUCGUUAGUUUUAAUUUAGAAUAAUAAAGGUCCUUAUUAUAAUAAAUUAGUUUUAUUUUUGUUACAAAGGACCCUGGACCCAAAUGUAGUACGCAUUUAUAAUAUAUAUAAGUAUGUAAGUAAUAUGUAUAUUACGGCGUGCCUACACGCGAAUUUCUAGGUAUACAGAUUAUGUAAAACGAUAAUAUUACUGUUAAUAGGAUAAAGCCUUCUCAGAUUACUGUACAUUUAACGAAUUGGACGAGUCACUUUAUGUAUUAUUUUUGUAAGAACAUGUAAAUAGUUGCUUGAGUAGGUAUCGUAAUUAGUUGCUAUUACGAUAAUUCUGUUCCAUUUGUAUAAGAAUCUUCCAUGAAUUGCGCGAUUUCAAUGAAUUAUUGUUGUGAAGGGUAACUAGAUAAAAAGUUUGUAAGUAUCCCUUGAAAAAAUAUCGCGUACAGAUGUAGUGCAUAAUUGUUUUCCAUCGUAUUUUCUCGGAAACGUUCGUACUUGUUAUUCUACUUUAGUCGACCUCAGUACUUUUUGUACCGAGACUGACUGAAAUAGCAAGACAUGUUCGUGCGUUUCCGUGAAAAGACGAUGGAAAAUAAUUAUGCACUACAUCUGUGGUUGACUAUUUCUUUGUUAUUGUUUUCAUACAAAAUUACAAAUUGUGCUUGCAUUUUGGCAAUUUGACACUUUCAUUGCGUGCUUGACUUUGGUUGUAUAUUUUCGUAUGAAGUCAAUUUUGCUGUAGGACGCGUUAAAAAUUGGUAGGCUGAUUCUAGAGUUGCGUUCAGAUGCAUUAUUUUACAUUAAUAUAUAACAAUUAAAAUCUACAAGAAAUAUUAACUAUUUCACAACGAAAAGCCGCCUUUGACAGUCAUCACUAUACUUUAAUAACCUAAAAAGUUAUUUAUAGGUUAUUAAUGUACUAAUUUGACAGCUGUCAUCAUAUCCGGCGGCGACCGCAGACUUCCAGAUUUUGAUCAUGGCCUCCUAAGGCCUAUAGGUAGGAACCUAUAGGACUUAUUAAGUUCGAUGAAAUUUAAAUCAUUUUAAAUAGGUACAGAGUUGCAUUUGUUUUGUCCCGUUCAAUUUUUAAACCAAACAAAAUCAACUCCGUCUUGUUUCACUGUAGAUUCAAAUUUCACUGACAAUUAUUGCUUUUUAUUACCUUAUAUGUAUGGCCCAGCCUAAGGUGGAUAGAUCUCAUGAUAAAUUGAAUUAUACCGCCGUCCUACCGUUUAGCCGUUUGUAGGACGGCUCGUAGUCCGCAACCCCCAUACACAAUCCUACCCAACGAGGCGGACUACGAGGCGGCCGACACGGUAGGAGUGUGAAUGGGGGGCUUUACUCAGGGUGGUAUUCCAUCUGUCCAGCCGGCCUAGCCAAGGUUACAAUCGCUAUCGCUUCGACAACGAAACGCUUUGUGUCUCUCUAUCACUCUUCCAUAUUAGUGUGACAGUGACAGUUGCGUUUCGAUCGCUACGGAGCGUAAGCGAUUGGCAUGUUGGCUACGCGGCCUGUAUCAUUGUCCAAUGUGUAUUACGUCUCACAUUUUUGCUUAAUGAGAGAGUGAGACGCUAUGACAUUGGACAGGUGGAAUACCACCCUCAGUCACGCUCAGUGACGUAAAUUCAACUUUCACGCAUAGACGUAACAAUCAAAUUCCCAAACCGUUUAUUCAUUAGACUUAAGUAGUAUGACAAUAAACAGUUAUAUCGCGCUCUAAAAUCAGCCUAACACUUGAAAAUGAUACUUGUACUAUAUAGCUGUAAGAUAUGCCCUAUUUUAAAUAAUCCGGAGUUUGGGAGAAACACAUCAGUGUUUUAUACCUGUUAUGAGCGUGUUUUAAUUAUUUAGGAAUGCAGCGUUAGUUUACUGAAAUACUAUAUAUAGUUCGUUUUUUUUAACAUUAGAAAGAAGGUAAGCGAUCUUGACAAGUCUUUUAAUUGAAAAUGCUUUAAAAAAAAUCAGUAACUAUUACUUAUGAAAGCAGAAGAAUAUAAAUGAUCGUAUUUGAUUCAUAAUUGUUACAUAUUUGCCGUGACUUAUUAUUUAAACGUGUUUUUCAAUUAAAAGACAUCAAGAUUGUUUACCUUAUUUCUAAUGCUAAAAAAAACGAACUAUAUACUCUGGCACACCCACUUUAUCAGUAGAAAAAGGCGUGAAAUCAAGUUUUCUGUGGGCGGACGGUUCGCGCCUACAUUUUUUAAACUUGCCGUUUUUCUACAGACUGAAAUGGCUUGCUGUUCAGAGCAAUAAUUUCACGUAUUUAAUGGAAAUAUACGUAAGAGUGGGGUAUGUUUUGUAGCUUAAUACACUUGAAAUCUGUACAUAAUUUAAAAAUUUAAUUUUUUUUGUACUAUGCAGGCUCUAAUUGAUCUACCUAAGUGACACCCCACACUAGCGUCUUUUAACACAUUCAGUGCCAGCGGGAGCUACGCGCUACGAGAGUAGCCGGUAACACGGGAAAACCCGCAUGUAGCGGAAAGCGCCUACUAACAGAGAACCCGCCUAGCGGGUCGCUGGCAGUGAAUGUGUUAAGCGUCGAAGUCUAGUCAGCGCUACGGAAAAUUACGUCGCUGCGCAGUUGCGCCAAUGUUGCGUCGAGCAGCAGCCUUAGAGUUGACUAGACGGCGACACUCGGGAGACGCUAGUUGGGGUGGCCCUAAUCCUUAUUUUUCAGUACUUUGUUUGGCUAUUUUUGAUGCUUACUGUGUACCACUAGAUGUCAUCUCUUGAAGAGUUCCGAGCCAGUUAUUCGUUUUAGGGUCGGUUACACCAAACUGUUUGUCAUCGUUAAAGAGUUUGCUAAAUUUUAUUGUAUGGAAGCGCCGACGCGCCGGGUGACGCUGGCGUUGAUCAGUCUAUCAAAUGCGCAUGGUGGAACUGGCAUCAUAGAGUAAUAUAGUAAAGAAAGAGUCGUAAUAACUCCAUACAUCAGUUUUCUUACCAAAACGCGCGUUAUUUCGCAGUCGACAUCUAGCGUCAAGUAGUGGAACUAUCUGUAUACCCAUACUUGACACCAGAUGUCACAAGUGCUACACUGACGAAAAAUGUACUACUAAAACAAUUUACAACUAAUAUUAUAAGCAGAAGGGGUUGAAAAUAGACUUAUAUUAGUUAAUCCGGUUAUAAUAUUAGCUGAAAAUUGUUGAGCAUUAAAGUUUUCGUUUGUCGCGAGAUAUUUAUUGUCAACUAGCAGUACUGAUAAAUUCCGCUACAUGACGCUAGAUGUCGACUACGAAAUAACGCGCGUUUUGGUAAGAAAACUGAUGUAUGGACUUACCACUAUUUCUUUACUUAUUAGAGUAAUAUACUCUAUGUUGGCGCUUAAUAAGUUGCUUUUAGUAUUCUUGAGAAAAUAGUAUACUCAUUUCUAGAAAUUAUGUGCCGUCACCGAUGUUGUUUUCAUAGUUUUUUUUAAUGUAUUUUGUAAGACUGAAAAUGAAAUUGUAAGGAUGUUUGUCACCGAAACUCUGGAUUGUUAAACUGUAUAAAUGUAACAUUUUUUUAAUUAAAUUGAAUGAAAUGUUUUA